CUUUACUGUACAGUCACAGCAAAAAGGUUGCCGGUCAAAAUCCCAGCUGGGCUCUUUCUGUGGGGAGUUCGUGUGUUCUCCAGUUUCCUCUUUGAAGAUGUGCUUAUUGGGUUCAUCAGUUAUUCUAAACUGGAUGUGAGGAAACUAAAGAUUAAAGAUUAAACUGUUGCAUGAAGAUAAAAUCUGACUUGUGGUUAGAAACACUUUGGAGGGCAAUAAGACUGAAAUCAAAGCAGAGCUCAUGUGAUCCACCUGAACUGCUAUUUUUGUUACUGAUCAUUAUGGAUGAUAAUUAUAAGGAUUUGUUAUGAUACAGCAGUGAGGACAGAGUUUAACAGCUGUUAUGGUUUUACAUGGUCAUAGAAUAAAUUAAAUGUUUUUCCCAUUUUCACGUUUGAUCAAAUAUAUUUAUAUCAUCAUAGAGCUGUUAUGUUUUCAUGUAAAACAGGACGUGAUGUUAUGUGAAAGUACAUGUGUUUGUUUCCUUUAAAACAUGAACCAGAGUAUCAGGAGAUUCAUUAAAACAUAACAUCUAUAAAUACUCAUACUUAAUAAUCUGACCAUCAUUCUCUGCAUCACUCAAAAGUUAGAGCCCAACACGCUGCAGACGCUCAGAGGUCAAACGAGACAUAAUAGUUUAAAUCAUUUUACAGAGCGUUCUGUAUGAUGAUAAUACGGCCACACUUGUAAGAGUCACAGUUUCAUCAGAGGUUAUGAGGCUUUUUGUCAAACUUCCACCAGUAAAUCAUUAAUUUGACUUAAUGGUUUCAGAUGUAGGCUGACGUCUGUCUGUUUUAAAUCAGAGAAGUUCCUGUUAGAAAAAGCUGCUGAACUGAUGAGAGAUGAAGCACGUUUACUUAUUUUAUACAAACUGAUGCCUCGUGUUGUCUUGCGCAGGAUUUACAGUCCAGCUGAUGGAGCGCUGUCGCCCUGCUUCAAGACAAACUUAUAAUAAAACACUUUUUUUUUUUCUGAGUAAGUUUUUUUUUUAUUUCCAGAGCAAAUUUUCUUAUUUCAACUUAGUUUUUAUUGAUCAUUUUUAUUCAAUUUUAUUACUUUCAGUCUAGUUUUAUGUCUUUUAAUCAUAAUCAUUUAGUGAUGUAUAGAGUGCAAAUGUCAGAGACAAGAUUUAGGUAAACCAGUGCAUGUGUUACAGUAAAAACCCACUGAAGUUUAUUUCACUGUAAUAAUCUUGGAUUGUCCAGGCCGGCUGCGGUGACAUUAAUUCUCAGUAGAGGCAGUGGCCAAAACUAGUGGUUGCUACAUGCAGUCUGUGCUAAAUGUGAGACGCGUGUGCUGGAUGAGGAAGUGAGAGUUUAUUCCUGUUAAACUUUGCUGUCAUUAAUGCAUCAUCUGCUUCCAGUGAAGCACAGACUGUGAACAGCUGCAGAAACAGCAUGUUCAUAUUGUUUGAGCUUCUGUGGAGCUAAUUGAUGUUGUUAUUGGGAAUUCAUCCAUUACGAGUCCUGAUUUCAUUUUACUUUAUAUUAAUGCCACACUGUUAAACAUAAAUAAGGUAUUUAAAACAUGCUUGAUCCAUAAUGUAUAUAUUAUUACUCUUCUUUGGUAUGUUAUUUAUAAAUACAGAUGUAUUAUUGUGACUCUGAUUAUGGUUAUUAUUAGCAAUGAUGUGAUAGCUGUGCAUGGUGUAAACAAAUAAAAUAUCUGUAUUGACUAAUAGCAUAUAAGGAGGAGUGCAGUGCUCCCAGCAUCAGUGUAACCAGCAGAGCUUCCAUUGUUCUCUGUACUGACAUGUGUGAGCAUUUAUACUGGCAGGUGGAGGAUGUUACACCAUCACAACAUUUUAAACAGUGUUGAAUCUUUGCUGCAGGUUUGAUCUCACAGAUAAAUGACCAAUGUUACUUUAUGUAUCUAAUAGAUUAUUGGAUUGAUUAAACAGUUAUAAAUAUACAGUUAGUCUCUGGAUGCUGUGCCACAUACUGCUGAGUCAUUAAUGACACAGCAUGUUUUUGUUGCGUUAAUAUGACUUUCAUGUUUCUCUAUUAUAAAGGUUCAGAGUCGCUUACUUCACCUGACAGGUUGACUUGUUUUUAUUUUUAUCAGUGAGACACAUUAUAACAUCUCUGAGUCUUCAAACUGAACAGAAAGUGAGACCGAGCACAAUUAGUUACAAACUGAGACGCGGAGUUUCUAUAGAAAUUAUCUAAAUACAAAGUUAUUUAGGUGAUGUGUUAAAGCAUGACAGGCACGCAAGCGUCAGAGUGGGAGUUCCCAUUACGUCAUCACGCCUUGGGACUUCAAACACUCUGGGGCUGAGGGUAAACCCAACCACGUGAUCUGGGUGGAGUUAACUCAGCUCUUAAAUAAAGAGCGAGUCAGCUUCACAGGUCAUUCAUUCAGAGCGAAGCAGGCAGGGACUGAUCGGACUGCAGCUUUCCAGAAAAAAAACUUUCUUCAGUCAGAAAACGGAAUUUGUAAUCAUCGAUCAUGUCUCUGAACAACUUCUACUUUAAGGACUCUAACUUUUUCUCACUCUGGACUUUUCUCCUGUGCUCGGCUUUGUCCGUCUGGACUCCUGUACAAGGUGAGGUUGUGGUGAUUGGUUCAAAUCUUCCAAUCAUCGCCGCUCUGGGUGAUGAUGUCAUCCUGCCGUGUCACCUGGAGCCCAUGUUCGAUGUCCAGGGUCUGACGGUGGAGUGGUCCAAACCCGACCUGAAGCCCGACCCGUCAGACCGGCUGAGCCGAGUGGAGUACGUUCACCUGUACAGGGACAGGCAGGAGGUCCCCGACAUGAAGAUGGCCUCGUACUUCAGGAGGACGGAGCUGUUCAUGGACGACAUGAAACACGGGAACAUUUCACUGAAGAUCCUGAACGUGUCGGAGGAAGACAACGGCAGAUACAGAUGCUUCAUCCCCAAGCUGAGGAGCAGAGUGAAAGCUGCUGUUGUUGAACUUGUAGUCGAUCCAAAUUUUUCUGAAACCUCGACGAUAGAGAUGCUGCUGCUUCCUAGAAACCUCCAAACUCAUGAUCCUCAAGAUGUGACUCAGAGAAAUGUAGGUCGGUCCAGGGUCUUUGUGGGCAUGACUUUCAUGGCCUUAAUAUCAGUUGCUGCUUUUGCGGCAUAUUUUUCCCAUCGCCUUGUUCAGAAACAAAAAAAACAUCGAGAGGAUGAAGGGACCCAAAACCAGCUAUGACAGUCUAGAUGUAUUGCUUAAAAGAAGUUGAUGAUAAUAGUUCAUGAAGCAUUAAAGUUAAUCUUCACAGCAGA